GCCAAUGGUGUGCGAGUCCUGCCGAGAGUAAUGUUAGAGAGCUGAAGACACUGCGUAUCGCCUGUUUGCCCUCACACAGCCAUUGCAGAGCAUUCAGACCGAGAGAGACAACGUCGUUACUGCCGCCAGGAUGGUGAAAGAACUGAAGCCAAAGGGGAAAAUGUCCUCCUAUGCCUAUUUCGUCCAAACCUGUAGGGAGGAGCACAAGAAGAAACACCCUGAUGCAUCUGUGAACUUUGCAGAGUUCUCCAAGAAGUGUUCUGAACGAUGGAAGACCAUGUCUGCCAAGGAGAAGGGCAAGUUUGAGGACAUGGCCAAAUUGGACAAGGCACGAUAUGAGAGAGAGAUGAUGAACUAUGUUCCGGUCAAGGGAGGGAAGAAGAAGAAGUUCAAGGACCCUAAUGCCCCCAAGAGACCUCCAUCUGCCUUCUUCAUCUUCUGCUCAGAGGCCCGCCCCCAGGUCAAAAGUGAGAGCCCUGGCCUGACCAUUGGAGAUAUUGCCAGGAGGCUGGGGGAGAUGUGGAACUCCAAGUCUGCAGAGGACAAGCAGCCCUACGAGAAAAGGGCAGCCAAACUGAAGGAGCGAUAUGAGAAGGAUGUUGCUGCGUAUCGUGCGACCGGAAAAUCCAGUGGUGCAGCACCCGUGAAAGCUCCGGCCAAGGCAGAGAAGAAGGUCGAGGAGGAGGAUGACGAGGAUGAAGAUGAGGAUGAGGAGGAGGAAGAAGAGGAGGAGGAGGAGGAUGACGAGUAGGCAGAGAGAAGCAUAUAGUGGUCGUUUUCUUGUUUAUAAAGCAUUUAACCGUUCUUGUACACACUUCACUUACUGAAACAUAACGCGUUGGUAUCCAGUGGUGGAAAAAUAAAAUAAAAAAAAGAAAACACACAAAAACAGGCUGUGUAUAUCAGUUGUUUUUAUGCUGUACAGUUUUUUUUUUUCCUCCUUUUUUUUGUGUAUAGUUAACACUAAACUAGUAUUGUGUUCAGCAGUCUUAUUUUUCCAGUGGUAGUUAUUAGACCACUAUUCCACUCGGUACAGUGUAAACUAAGGGUGGUCUUACAGUAUUUACUCUAGUUAGUGGUGCACAGCACAUUAAA